AUUAUCGAUUAAUCAAUAUUUCAAUAGAGACGUCCAUCUCUAAUCACUCUUCUCUGAAAUAAAGUCGCUCGUUGUUGCAAAAUACAAAACAUUUUCGGAAGAAAAGAGAAAAAUGCCUGAAAGCGACGUUACUAAAAUGAAGGUGGCCGAUCUGAAGCGGGAGCUGAAACUUCGAGGGUUGCCCCUCAACGGAAACAAAAAUGAGCUCCAAGACCGCCUGCAGACCGCGUUGUUGGAAGGCGACAUUUCGCUGGAGGAUAGUGCAAUAGCAGACGCUAUAGAUGACGACGUAUCCCUAACUGAUGAAGAUGAGAACAAGCUUCUGGGAGACGAGAACGAGGAGGAGGAGCUACUGAAGAGUCCGGUUAGCACACCCACGACUACCACGGUACCAGAUUUGUUGGCAGACGAUAAGCCUACGGUUACUGCGGCGACACCCGCGGCAUCAGCAAAGAAGGUGGUGCUCAAGCGAAACAACUCACAACAGUCUGUGGGUGCAGUUGCCACCACGGGGAGCACCACAGCCAAGGAGAACGCGGUACCUUCCAGUGAUGCUGCAGCGGCCUCAACUGAUUCAACUGAGGUGUCUCCUGCCAAAAAGCAUAAGCCCAUCGUUGUGGGCAACAGACCGGAGGGCACUAAACCUGCUGUGGACAAAAAACUCAGUGAACUGACACCGCAGGAACGUCUGGAGCUGCGAGCCAAGAAGUUUGGCAUCACCCCAGCCCCCGCAGCAUCGCCAGCUGCGGCUGGUGCAGCUGCUGUAAACAAAUCGUCUAGCGCCUCCAUUACCGACAACAAGGGCAACAAGGAGACGGACGAACAGCAAAAAGAAGCUCUAAAGCGGCGCGCUGAGCGCUUCGGCAACAUUGUGCCGGAGAAAGCACCCAAAACGCUUGCCGAAGAGCGUUUACAGAAGCGGAAAGAGCGUUUCGGCGCCGAAGCCAAAGCUGCGCCUGCCGAUCAGGCCGCCGACAAAGAUAAGCCGGCUGAUUCGAAGGACGUGUGGUCCGAAAAGGCACGUGCUCGCCUGGAAAGAUUCAAGACUACGCCGGAAGCCACAGCAGCCGCCACCAAAUAAGAUCGCCCACAUUUGAGAAUUGAAUUGGAUUGUAGGAUCCUAUCUUCAUAGGAUUGAAUUGUAGGAUCCUAUCUUUGUAGUAGUUUGUGUAACUUUAUCUUCGUAGGAUUGGAUUGUACACAUUUAUACACCUUUUACAUCUACCGAUUAAGUAAUUAAGAACAAACCCAAUAAACCACACUUCACCAUCAA